AGUAAUUAUUAAAAAUGUUUCUCAGAUCCAAAUUCAUUAUUCCUUCCUCAAGGCUCCCAUUCUUUACAGGAUAUAGCAAAUCCACAUGGUGACCUCAAAGAAUGAUGUGUAGCAUAUCAGAGGCUACUAAUGUGAUUGAUGGAAGUUCCCACGACUUUACUCAAGCAAAAUAUGAUGCAAUCAUUGUCGGAGGUGGGCAUAAUGGAUUAGUCUGAUCAAACUACCUCGGACUCAAAAACAAGAAGACUCUAAUUCUUGAGCAAAGAGAUGUCAUUGGAGGAGCAGCUGCAAGUGAAGAGCUAGUUCCAGGAUACAAAUUUUCAAGAUUCUCCUACCUUUUAUCUCUCCUGAGGAAAGUAGUUAUUGAUGAGAUUUUUGAGAAAGAUUGGCAGGAUAAAGUGAAACUUUACCCAAGAGACCCUUCAAGUUUUACUCCAACAAGAGAGAAAAACACUUAUCUGCUCAUGGGAAAGGAUCAUAAGUUUAACAUGAAAGAAAUAUCCAAAUUCUCAAAGAAAGAUGCAGAAAUGUUUGGUCCAUAUGAAGAGAAAUUAGAGGAAAUAGUAUCAUUGAUAUCUCCUUAUAUUGACAGUGAGCCAUCUUUGAAUCUGAGAAACCUUGCUGGUAGCUUUUUCAGUGCUAGAAAAUCAAUGAAGAGUAGCCUCCCAGAGCUCUAUCAUCUUCUUUCAGCUCCCGCGGCUACAAUCUUAGACCAAUAUUUUGAAUCAGAUAUUUUGAAAGGAACGCUAGCAAGUGACGCGGUAAUUGGCGCAAAUCAAGGCCCAUACUCAGCAAAUAGCUCAUACGUGCUUAUUCACCACGUCAUGGGAGAGGUACUCGAGAAGGGAGUCUGGGCCUAUGUUGAAGGAGGAAUGGGAAGCAUCUCAACCUAUCUAGCUCAUCUUGCUAGAAAAAGAGGAGCAACAAUAGCAUUGAACUCAAUAGUUGAUAAAAUCAUUACAGAUCCAACAUCCAAGAAAGUUUUAGGAGUUAAGUUAUCUGAUGGCCAAGAGAUAAUUUGAGACACUGUUAUAACUAACUGAACCCAUCAUGUUGUCUACAAUCAGCUCCUAGAUAAUAGAGAGAUCUUACCGGAAGAUUUUGCGAGAUCGAAUAAUGUCAAUUAUGAAGGCGUACAGGUCAAAUUUAAUAUGAUCCUCAACGAUGUCCCAAAAUUUAAGUGCCUAGAUCAUCUUUGGAACGAUAAUGAUACUUUUGGAGAGAAAGUAGAAAAGUUUAGACACUACUUGCAAGGAACAAUUCAUAUAAACUCAGAGAGUAUGCAGCAGAUUCAUGAUUCAUAUUCAGAUUCCUUUAAUAGAAAAAUUUCUAAGAGGCCAUUUGUGGAAAUGGUGAUCCCUUCUAUGCUAGAUCCAACUCUGACCCCUCCAGGAGCAGAAAAAUUAGUUUGUAACAUGUUCGUACAGUACGCACCUUACACCCUGAAGAACCGUGAUUGGGAUCAAGAGGUAAGAAAUGAAUUCAUUUCAAAUACCUUCAACCUAAUUGACGAAUACGCACCAAAUUUCUCAAAAUCAGUGGAAUUUAAGGAUGUUGUUUUCCCUCAUGACUUAGAAGAUAUGCUUAAUAUGACUGGAGGAAACAUCUUCCAUGGAGCUCUCGAUUUCAACAACAUGUUCUUUUCGAGACCCAUGCCUAAUUAUGCAGGCUACAACUCCCCAAUACAAGGACUAUGGUCUUGUGGCUCAUCAAAUCAUCCUGGUGGAGGGGUGAUGGGAGCUCCAGGUAGAAAUUGAGCCUUAAAGCUAUUAAAGUCAGGAUUUUAAACAACCAAUUAGAAUA